CCUAUACGUCUUACGGAACAGAAAAUGGAGAAGCAUGUCAACCUGCUGCAUAUCCCAGAUCCGCGAGAUGAUGAUAACGCUGGGCACUUCGCGUGGAUCAAGAAUUUGUCCCGACUCGUCAGCUCACAACUGAGCAAAAAGGAACACAAAAAACAUAUUUGCGACCGGUAAGUAUACACAAAGAACGCAAUGUAUAAUGUGACAUAUACUAAUAACAAAUAAUGUUUUUCCAGAUGUCUACAUUACUUCAGCUCGAGCGAGAAGCUGGAGAACCAUACCGUCGACUGUCAAAAAAUGAAUAACUGUGCCAUCAUCUUGCCAAACGAUGACAACAAAUGGCUCAGCUUCACCAACUACUGCAGGAAGGAGCGGAUCCCGUUUAUAGUUUACGCCGACUUGGAAUGCAUCCUGGAGAAGACACCGAGGGAAGAACAAACGAGUUCGUAUGCGUAUCAACAUCAUAGCGUAUUUAGUAUAGCAUAUUACGUUCGAUGUUCCUACGACGAGUCAUUAUCCGCGUAUCGAUGUCGUCGCGAUCGGGAUUGCAUCUCAUGGUUUGUCAAAGAACUUGAAGAACUGGCACAUCGUGUAAAGGAUAUUUUGUCCGCAAAUGUCCCCAUGGAAACUUUGUCGAAAGAACAGUGGGAGACAUUUCAAAACGCUAUGCUGUGCCAUGUGUGCGAGAAAUCAUUCGCAAAGGAUGAUACACGCGUGCCCGAUCAUUGCCACCUGACUGGACGGUACAGAGGUCCCGCGCAUUCCAAUUGCAAUCUAAAUUAUCAAGACAGUUAUUGCAUGGUCUUUCACAACUUAUCCGGUUAUGAUUCACACUUUAUCAUCAAAGAUAUAGCAACCGCGUUCGAAGGUUCAAUCACUGUACUACCGAUAACCAAAGAGAAAUAUAUUUCAUUUACAAAGACUGUAGGAAACAUGAUGGAUAAUUUGUCCGACAAGGAUUUUGAUUUAUUGACGCGAAAGGGGGUCUUUCCGUACGAAUACCUUGAUUGCGCGGACAAACUGCAGGAUCGGUGUUUACCGCCGCGCGAGUCAUUUUACAGUUCGUUGACGGGUGACACGGUAUCUGAGAGCGAUUACGCGCACGCCACGAACAUCUGGCAACGGUUCGCCAUUCAAACCUUAGGUGAAUAUAGCAACUUGUAUCUGAAGAUUGCUGUCUUGUUGCUGGCCGAUAUUUUUGAAAAUUUCCCCAAUAGUUGUAUCAAAAGUUAUGGGUUAGAUCCCGCGUAUUACACUUUGCCUGGUUUUACGUGGGAUGCUAUGUUGAAGCAUACGGGCGUUAAUUUCGAACUGCUCACUGAUAUCGAUAUGGUCAUGUUCAUCGAGCGCGGUAUUCGCGGUGGCCUCAGUCAAUGUUCCGGUAGAUAUGCAAAAGCCAAUAACAAGUACAUGCAGUCUUACGAUCCAUUGCAACCAUCAUCAUAUUUGAUGUACUUCGAUGUAAAUAACUUGUAUGGUUGGGCAAUGUGUCAACAGUUGCCAUACGCCGAAUUUCGAUGGGUCGAUGAUGUAUCGAAUUUCGACGUAUCAUCAAUCGCACUAGAUUCAUCUAUAGGUUACAUUCUGGAGAUUGACUUAGAGUAUCAGCAACAUCUGCACGACGCGCACACUGACCUACCGUUCUGUCCGACGCGGGGCAAACCGCCAAACAAAAAGCAGGACAAGCUUCUCGCAACCUUAUGCGAUAAGCAGCGUUAUGUGAUUCAUUAUCGCAACCUGCAGCAGUGCACGCGUCACGGUCUUCGUAUUGGAAAGAUACACCGCAUACUCAAAUUUGCUCAAUCUCCAUGGCUCCGCGAUUAUAUCGAACUGAAUACGCAGUUUAGAACACGCGCGACAAACGAUUUCGAGAAAAGUUUGUACAAAUUGAUGAACAACGCGGUGUUCGGUAAAACUAUGGAAAACGUUCGCAAUCACGUAGACGUAAAACUAUUGACAAAAUGGGAUGGACGAUACGGUGCUGAGGCAAUGAUUGCGAGACCAAAUUUUCAUAGCAGAAGUGUCUUUUCGGAAAAUUUAAUCGCCAUUGAGCUACGUAAACUUGAGGUGAAAUUCAACAAGCCGAUCUAUGUGGGUAUGUGUAUCCUUGACAUAUCCAAGAUCUGCUUGUACGAAUUUCAUCACGAGUACAUGUCUCCUCUGUAUCAGAACAGAUGUAAAGUAAUGUACAUCGAUACUGACAGUUUAAUCUACCAUAUGCAAUGUGAUGAUAUUUUCGAGCACAUGAAACGUGAUAUUUCUAAGUUUGAUACGAGUGAUUAUCCCGCUGAUAAUGCGUACGGUAUACCGCUUGUCAACAAAAAGGUACCAGGUCUGAUGAAAGAUGAAAAUGACGGAGCGAUUAUGACGGAAUUCGUCGGGCUCAGAGCAAAGAUGUACGCGCUAAAGGUAGACAGCAAAAAUGACACGAAGAAGGCGAAAGGUGUGAAGACCAAUGUCGUAGCGCGAACUAUAACGUUUGAUGAUUAUAUGCAGUGUCUGAGAGAUGAGGUCGAAAAGCAACGUCGUCAGUCAUGCAUACGAUCCAAAAUGCACAAAGUCUACACCGUGUCCGAACUGAAAACUGCUCUGAGUCCGUAUGGUGACAAGCGGUAUAUCGUACCGAACUCAACAGACACUUUACCAUGGGGACAUUACAGGAUACAAUUGUAAACUAAAAAGCGAUCAUUGUGCAUACAUGUAUAUUGUAAAAUGA